UCUGUCAUCAAAUCUCAUUACUAUAUUUGUAGUGCAGUAAAAUGGGAAUGUUACGGGGUUACGGGUUUUAAUCAAAUUUUAGUUAAAAAGACAGAAUAUAAAUCACAAUUUUGAUUUGAUAACUACAUAUAUAUACCAAAUUAAUUAUUCUGUUGUUUCAUAAAUCGAAAUGUCUAAAGCAAAAUAUUUUGAGAAUACGACAGUAUUUAAUUUUAAAUGGGACCAAGUUGCCAAAGCGUUUUGGUUACGAUAUCCAAAUCCUCACAGCUCUCAUGUUUUGUCUGAGGACACUAUUACCCGUGACGUUAAAGAAGGUAGAUUGCAUACAAGACGAUUACUAACUAAAACAAAUUUAGUUCCAAAAUGGGGCAAAAAGUUUAUUAGCGCACCAUUUGUGAAAAUUUAUGAGGAGAGUAUUGUGGAUCCACUAAACAAAACGAUGAUUACUUACACAUUCAACAUGGGGCAUGCAAAAGUAAUGAGUGUUAUUGAAAAAGUUGUCUAUAAGGCUAGUACAGAUAAUCCAAAUCAUACAAUAGCUGUGAGGUCAGCGUGGAUUGAUUCCCAAGUUUUUGGAUUUUCUAGAGCUAUUAAGGCUUUUGGCUUGGAACGUUUUCGACACAAUUGCUCAAAGGCAAUUGUCGGCUAUAAUUAUAUAUUAAACAAAAUGUUUGCUCCACACAAUUAUAUAACAGAAGAUGCAUUAAACCAUAACAAUGCCAAUUCCAAUAUAAAUAUAAUUAAAGAAGUAGCAAGAAAUGCCACGGACAAGGCUAAGGCCAGGGCUGAUGAUAUAUAUCUCAUGGCAAAAUCUCGAUCAACGCAGGAACAAAUUCCUUAGUUAUUAUAAGUGAAGUGCUUUUUCAGUGAUAUAGUGAAUAUUUUAAUUUAAUAAAAAUACUUAUGAUGUAA